UUUCACUCUCUCUCUUUCUCUUGCACUGUAAACUCCCAACACUGAGCUCACAUUGAAUAACAUACACUCUCACACACACACACACACUUUUACACACACACACACAGUCAGAGCUCAGAGACUCCACGAGGCACCGAGAAGAUCAGAUCAGACAUCCUUUUUCCCAACAACCCAGCAGCAGAGAUCAGGCGUGUCUGAGACCUUCCCAUCAUGCCGGUGGUGUUCCGUUCCUCCCCAUUGAUGUGGUCGCGGGUGGCGGCUAUGGUGUUUGCGUGUGUGGCGUUUAGCGUAGCACUGUACGGUGCACAGAUGGGGCACGGUACCGGAGACUGGUGUGUGUUCUGCUGGAGCUUCAGCUUCGCUGGGACACUACUGAUCCUCCUGGUGGAGAUCUGUGGCCUGCAGUCUCGCGCUCCUGUCUCCUGGAAAAACUUCCCCAUUACCUUCGCCUGCUAUGCCUCUCUGCUCUGUCUGUCCGCCUCCAUCAUCUUCCCCCUGUUCUUCCUGAAAGGCUACGGGGGACGCGAGGAAUACGUCAACUGCCGCAUCGUCUCCACUGUCUUCUCAUGCCUCGCCACGCUCGCCUACUUCAGCGAGGUCAGCCUGAGCAAGGCGCGUCCAGGUGAGGUGUCCGGCUACAUGGCUACAGCGCCAGGCAUUCUGAAAGUCUGUGAGACCUUCAUUGCCUGUGUCAUCUUCGUUUUUAUCAGCGAUCCGGUGUCUUAUAACCAGAAUGCAGCAACAAAAUGGUGUCUCUCGGUCUACUGCAUCUGCUUCAUCCUAUCAGCGGCCAUCAUCAUCAUGUGCAUCGCUGAGUGGACCGGAUUGCUCCCAGUAUCCUUCCCACGCUUCCUUUCCACGUAUGCUCUGCUUGCCGUGGCGAUGUAUCUCUCUGCCACCAUCAUCUGGCCCAUUUACAAGUUUGAUGACAAACACGGGGGGAGCAGCCACCGGCCGAAUCAGUGCAGCUCCUUCAUGGGGCUCUGUGUGUGGGAUAAGAUGUUAGCCAUCGCUGUCCUCACAGCAAUAAACUUCCUGCUGUAUCUUGCAGACCUGAUCUAUUCAGCCAGGCUUGUCUUUGUUACAGUUUAAUCAAGGAACAACCUCGCCUCCACUUCCAAUACCCUUUCUGCUCAGCCACCAUUAAAUUACCGUUAUUAGCUUGAAUGAAGUGCGUUAGAUUAGCAUACUCUGACAUCACUGUAAUCUUUAUGUUUCUUUUCUAAAGCUGUUUACAAAAGAUCAAUAAAAUUCUUCAAAAUUAAACUGUUAUGAAGCUGGCUAAGCAGGCAACCAGGUAAUUUGCAGGCUCACUAGUUAGCAAAGCAGAUUAUUCUAGCUAGGUAAGACAUCACACUAGCUGGUUAGUUAAGUGUGAAGUGUUCCUCAAUCGCAGUGUUUAGAGGAAGUCUAUGAGGGCAGAGUUGGGCACAGUAUUGGGAAGUGGGCGUGGUUUCAUGGUCAGUGUGGUGUCAGUGUGCCACUUAUGCUAGCCUCUCUUUCUUGCUCUUUCUGUGACCUCAAACACACUGUGUGGUAAAGCUUCAUUUAUCAGUGUUCAUUUUUCAGAGUUACUUUUUUAGAGUUAUGUGGUUUCACCUCGUUUUCAGCAAUCGUAUUACACCAAAGAUUUCUGUGCAUCAGAGCAAUUUUAAAAGAAAAUGUCACAAUCCAAGUUGCUAGUUUUAGAGCUUGUUUAAUUUGUAUGCAUUUAAAACGAACUUUUUAUUAUUAUUAUUAUUAUUAUUUUUUUUUUACAAUUACAGCUUAGUUAGGUUUAUUAUGAAUAUGUUAGCACAUUUAUCUCUCUGAAAAUCGAUGCUCUCUCACAUUAGCAACGAUUAGCACAUUGACUGAAUCUGUGUGUUAUGGUAAUUGUUAUGAAGUAGCAUGUAGCGCUGCUGCUUAUGGAUCAGUGCAGAACUGUGUUCACUUUUCACCAUCAAGUAUUUAAACACAACUCCAGAUAAAAACCAGGUGAAGAAUUACAUGUAUAUUCUGACUUAUCAUGAUUUUUACACAGUGUGACCGAGCUAGAGAAUGCUAACUGAUACUGACACUUGAUAUAAUGCAGCAUGUAUUGCUAAUGCACUGGUGCUAAUACCUUAGUAAGAAACAUGUGGUAACUAGUGCUAAUUUUAUAGUCACUGACUUAACAAAUAAUUCAAAAUAAAACAACAAUAACACCAACAUUCUUUUACUCAGUUCAGGGAUUUUGGAUGGCGGCCAUUUUAUAAAAACUGAAAAUAGUCAUGUGAUUAAAUUCUGGUCAUGUAAUUGGUCAGAAGUUACUGCUAACGCUAUUAGCUAAAUGCUCAGUUAUCUCUAUCUGUAUGAUUUUAGCUCCACAGUCAGAUGAAUUUUGUAUAUUCUGACAUAUAAUUUCACAUGUUAGCCAAAUGACUUAAAAUACAAAUGUAAAGACAAUAAGGAAGAAUUGCAUGUACAUUGUGAUAUGUUGUGAUUGUGACAGUGUGUCCGUGUUUUUCAAUAUAUUCUGCUUUCAAAAUAAACACGACUGAAUCAGUAUUACA